GUUUCUUCUUUUUCGUCUUCUUCGUCUUCUUCACAAACAUAGUGCUUUGCGAACACUCGGGUCAGUACUUUUCCGGAGCUCAACCACUGUGUUGAGGGUUAAACCGAUUCCAGAGUUGGUUGUUGUUGUGAAGGGGAGCGCGCAAGGCCGUCCGUCACAAUGCCGGGCCCUAAAGCGAGGAGCAACACGGAGAUGUACGUGGAUACGAAGCGGAAAGACGACAUCCGCCAGGCCAACAUCGUGGCAGCCAAGGCCGUCGCCGAUGCGGUGCGCACCAGUUUAGGGCCCCGAGGGAUGGAAAAAAUGUUGUCUACCUCCUCCGGGGACGUGAUCAUCACCAACGAUGGCGCCACCAUUCUUGACAAGAUGGAAGUUAUUCAGCCUGCGGCCAAGAUGCUGGUGGAGCUAUCGAAAUCGCAGGAUAUUGUUGCUGGGGACGGGACAACCACAGUUGUUGUGUUAGCUGGAGCGUUGUUGAAGGAGUGUUUAGGCCUUUUGGGUAAAGGCGUUCAUCCUACCACGAUCUCUGAGGCUCUUCACAAGGCGUCGGAGAAAGCCGUCGAGGUCGUCAAAUCUAUGGCCAUACCAGUGGAGCUCACUGAUCAGGAUCAACUUGUUAAAAUCGCUAGCACUUCCCUAAACAGCAAGGUUGUGAGCCAAUAUUCUUCCCUGCUCGCCCCUUUGGCAGUCGAUGCAGUGCUUAAUGUCCGCGAUCUUGAUCGACCGGAUAGCGUCGACCUUCGAGACAUCAAAGUUUUGAGGAAGCUCGGUGGAACGGUUGACGACACGGAAUUGGUGAAAGGUCUCGUAUUUGACCACAAAGCAAGUCAUACAGCCGGUGGGCCAACACGCGUGGAGAACGCGAAGAUUGGUUUGAUCCAGUUUCAGAUUUCGCCCCCUAAGACUGAUAUCGAACAGAGUGUUAUCGUUUCUGAUUACACCCAAAUGGACAGGAUUUUAAAGGAGGAAAGGAAUUACAUCUUAGGAAUGAUUAAGAAAAUUCGGGCAACAGGGUGCAAUGUUUUAUUGGUACAGAAGAGUAUAUUGCGGGACGCAGUCACAGAUUUGUCAUUACAUUAUCUUGCCAAGGCAAAGAUUCUUGUGAUCAAAGAUGUGGAACGAGAGGACAUUGAGUUUAUUAGCAAGACACUGAACUGUCUCCCAAUCGCAAAUAUUGAACAUUUCCGUGCUGAAAAGCUUGGACACGCUAACUUGGUCGAGGAGGUGACUGUGGGAAACGGCCGGGUUGUAAAAGUGACUGGUAUUAAAAACAUGGGACGUACGGUCUCAAUUAUUGUUCGUGGUUCGAAUGCUUUGGUGCUUGAUGAGGCAGCUCGGAGCUUGCACGAUGCACUCUGUGUUAUCAGGUGCCUCGUAAAUCAGCGGUAUCUUAUUGCAGGUGGUGGUGCACCUGAGAUCGAAGUUUCUAGGCAGUUGGGUAUAUGGUCUAGAUCAUUGCAUGGCAUGGAAAGUUACUGCGUGCGAGCGUUUGCCAACGCUAUGGAGGUGAUUCCCUUCACACUUGCGGAAAAUGCUGGCCUGAACCCAAUAACUAUUGUCACAGAGCUACGUAACCGACAUGCAAAUGGCGAGGCUAAUACAGGCAUUAACGUGCGCAAGGGUCAAAUUACUAAUAUCUUGGAAGAGAAUGUGGUACAGCCACUACUUGUGAGCACCAGUGCACUGUCGUUAGCGACGGAAUGUGUACGCAUGAUUCUGAAGAUUGACGAUAUUGUGUCCACUCGGUAAUUGUGUAAAGUCAUCCUCGUCCAUGGAGUGUUGUUGGUACUGUCUACCCAGAGAAGGAAUGAAUCCGGUGAUAACCUCAGUCUGUACUACUCAUGGUUGGGUUCCAUGAUCAAUUUUGAAUGUCCUUUUAAGGUUGAGUAUGUGCUACAAGAGGAUGUCUAGGGCUCAGGCAGCGAGAGCUAAUCUCGGCCCAUCAUGUUAUAGCCGGAUAUUUUUCUUCAUAAAUUGCAGCGUUAUGAAUCUGCUGAAGGUGUAGGCACAAUUGUUGGAUUGUCAAGACAGCCUAUUAAGUGGUUUUUCUCAAUCGAUAAGAUUUUCUCUGUGAAAUAUAACUGAAUGUAUUCCGA